UACCCGGCACUGGCCCCGCCCCGAGCGUUGGGGCUCCCGCGCGAGGGCAGCGGUUUGCACCUGGAGCCCGGCCGCGGGGCUGCCGUCUGGGGCUGCCGGGGCCGCCGCAGGCCUGCUUGGGGCGUCCGGAGCGUCCGAGGCGCGGCAGCCGAAGGCUUCAGGGAAUCCAGACCUAGAGACGCACCAAUGGCUCUGGGAGAAGAAAAGGCAGGCGUGGAGGCAUCCCUGGACUCAGAGGCCCCGUCCUGUGGGCGCUGGAACUGCCGAGAGCAGGAGGGGGACACCCCAGGGCCUGUGAGUGGGGAGCAGCCACCACGACUGGAAGCUGAGGGAGGGUCUGCCUCCCCUGUGUGGGAGACAGAGGGCCCCCCUGCCCCUGUCUGCUGCCCCUCUGGAGCCUGCCAGUCACAGGCCAGCAACACCAGCAGGGAGCCAGUAGCUGGUGCAUCUCAGCCUGCUCUCAGUGGCCUGCCUCCUCCUGCCAAUGUGGGGCCAGGAGAUCUGCAUUCUGUGGGAAGCCAGGUAGCUACUAAGAUGGAGGACACCAGGCUUUCUGCCUCAGAAGAGCUACCUCAGACUACAACUGCUCCCAGAGCCACAGCCCUUUGCUCAGGACAUGAUGCUGAUACCGAAGAUGACCCAUCCCCCGUGGAGUCACCGCGGGUGCUGGCCCUCAGCCGACAGCCUCACAUCUCAGGUUUCCCUUUCUCGUCAAAGUGGAGGUCCAUGGUGAGCCCAGGUGCCACUGCUCCGUUUUCCAGCCGCAGUGUCUCUGCCUCACCCCCUGGCAGCAGUUCCCAAGGACACCAAGAGAAGACAGAGCCUCAAAGUUGCUCUCUUGCCAAGGUCUCCCCCUCCCUGGAGCUGGUUGGCUCCCAGUCGGCCCCCUCCAUGGUGGGACCAGGGCCUCAGCUCCAGUGGUCUCCACAGCCUGUGUCCUCUGGGGGUGAUGCCCCUGGGCUGCGCAGGAGGCAUCUAUCCUUCCAAGCCGAGUACUGGGCCUGCGUACUGCCAGAUUCCCUGCCGCCUUCCCCCGACCGCCGCUCCCCUCUGUGGAACCCGAACAAAGAGUAUGAAGAGCUGCUGGACUAUACCUACCCACUUAGGCCCAGGCCUCGGCUCCCGAGGCAUCUUGACAGCCACAUGCUGGCUGACCCUGUCCUGCAGGAUUCAGGUGUAGACCUGGAUAGUUUUUCUGUCUCCCCAGCAAGCACUCUGAAGUCACCCACUAAUGUCUCCCACAGUUGCCCACCAGCGGAAGCCAGUGCCCUGCCAUCCUCUGGGCCCAGAGAGCCAAGCUUUAAACGGUCGCACUCUGGAGGACCCCAGGAGCAGGGCAGCCGGCUCACAUCUACUCCCAGGGCUGCAGGCAGCAAGGACACUGUUUGGGAAAGGAGAGAGCCAGCCCUGAGGGGUGUGAAGGACUGGCGGACCGUGGGCAAGCACCUCGAGGUGGGCUCUCCCCAACUGAGGACAUGGGACAGAGGAUGGCCUUCAUCCGGGCCAGGGAGAGAGGAGGGGGCUGGCCAAGGUGUCCAGCGCCCUGCCUGCGUGGAGUCUGGAUGGAAGCCAGAAGAGGACUCGGAGAGUGAUGACGAGUAUCUUGCCCUGCCCGCUCGGCUGACACAGGUUUCUAGCUUGGUUUCGUAUCUGGGUUCUGUUCCUACUUUGGUGACCCUGCCCGCUGGAGCUGCCGAAGGGCAGAGCUCCCUGGAUGUGUCGAACAGUGAUGGGCCCACUUCCUUCCCAUCGGAUUCCAGCCAAAGCCAGCUUCCCUCUGUCUCCAGAGGGCCCGGGGGGCUUGAGGAGCAGAACCACUGUUUGCUCCGCUCCUUUCUCCGUGCGAGAGACUCCGCAGGGGACGGCAGCCUGGUGCGCAGCCAGGCGCUGGGGGUCUCCUGUGGGCCUCUGAGAACACGCUCCUCUUUACCAGUCAUUGUGGACCAGCAGACAUUCUCGGACCCAGACCGUAAAGGGCAGUCUCCCAGGAGAGGACGAGAGCAGGGAAAAGAAUCACUCAUGCACUGUGUGAAGACAUUUUGCUGUCAGCUAGACGAGCUGAUCCACUGGCUGUAUGACAUAGCUGAUGUUACCGACCACUGGACUCCACCAAAGUCCAGCCUUACGGGUCUCAAGUCUUCUCUGCAGCUUUACCGGCAAUUUAAGAAAGACAUAGAUGAACACCAGUCCCUGGCGGAGAAUGUCUUACAGGAAGGGGAGAUUCUUCUUCAGUGCCUGUUGGAUAACACCCCAGUGUUAAAGGAUGUCCUCAGGCGGAUCUCAAAGCAGCCCAGCGAGCUGGAGAGCCGUGCAGAUCGCCUGUAUGACACAAUCUUAGCUUCUGUGGACAUGCUGGCUGGCUGCACCCUCAUCCCUGAAGACACACCAGUGGCACACAGUAGUGCUGAUGUGACUGGGAUGAGCCUGGCAUCUUCUCAGGCAGAGAUGUAAUCUGUCUCCCAAAACCUGGCUGGUGGGAAACUUUCAGGAAGAAAGUAAGAGCCAUUUAACACUGAUAAUCAAAGGGGAAACUUAAACCUAAUGUAUUAGCUUUAAAAUGCCUUUAUCUUCCCGAGAUAAGGGACUACUGAAUUACUAUUUUUAUUUAAAACAAAUACUUCCAAACUAAGGUGUUCCUUUGGUGCUUCUCUGCAAAGAGCAUGUGGCUUUGCAGUCUUUUGGUAAAAUAACGUUAAUAGUCUUAUAGGUCUUUCUUCCCCUCUGCCCAGUUAAAAAGAGCAGACAAAACUCUCAAACUAGUCCACGCACUGAGAUCAUUUAAAGAAGGCUGGUAUGAGAAAUAAGGUACCAAAUACUCAGUACUCUCAGGCAUACAAGAUUGGUUGGUUGGUCAGGAAUUUGGGUCUUUUCAUGAAAUUAAGCUUGGGUUUGUAAGUCCUACUUAGAAGACUUUAGAAGAGACUUUAACUCUCUAAAUUCAUAGAAGAUUCCUCUACAAAUUACUUUGGGGGUUAGACCUUUUGUCAUUUUCAGGGCUUAGGGCUCCAUCUGCCUCGCUAACAAAUAUCUUAAAGGACAGUGUGUUGGGGCAUUGGGAAUUGCCAUUGAGCUUCAGCAAGGCUAUGGACUAAUGAGCCAUCUUAAAGGUACCUCCUAGGAGGAGGCUCCCCUCCAUUCCCACUCUCCUGUGGAAGAGUAAAGAGUAGUCCAAGGUCAGGGAAGGGCAUGGAUAGGAUCAUACAGCCUGGUUAACUACAGAAACUAAGGCCGAAAAUAGUGAAGUGGAAGGAAGGAAUUUUUUGUUGCUUGGGAGUUGACCUGUAAGUACAGAUCAACCAUUUAAAAUAUCGAUUCUGUAACCUUUAAAGCAAAGUAAUCAUCCAUUACCGGUAACCACAGAUAAUGCAAAAACAAAAUCAGUUAGUUUCUGUUGGGCUAUGAAUUAACGUGGAAUGAGAAAAGUACAUUUCCCUCCAUAUAAUUUUAGUAUUAUAGUGGGCUAAGAUUUAAGCAAAGGGUUCUUCAUACUUAAAGAUCUUUUUUCAAACUCCUUCCAGAUUCUCAUUUGAGGAAAGUGCUUUAAAAAGGAAGAUCUUUUAAGUUUGUAAAGAAUGAACAAGUCAUCUUGAAUCAAAAGAUGAUGAUGAUAGAACAAUUACUCUCACAAGCAAACUUCUGAUAUCCCUCAGAACAAAACAUUUAAUACCAAGUUACUUUUUUAAAAAGAAAUUUAGGAUUUUAGUUUAGGGGGCUGAGCCACAUAACAUUCAACACCAUCUCACCCACAUCCAUAUGAACUAAAGUCCUAUUAUAAAUGUAACUUUUUCUGCUUUAAAAUUUCAGACUGCAUAGUCACUGGGAAAUGAUAUAAAAUUUCAAUAGCAGCUAUAUAAAAUUCAGUAUUCAAGUGCCUGCUCCUACUAUGGUAUGAUUUACCAUAAUACUUAGUUUAAGGGCAUGAUCAGAAUUAAACCGUGUAUGAAGAUUCUGCCUGUAUUAUGAUUCUCCAUAUUAAUCUUGAUUCCAUACAUAAAUUUUAAUAGCCUAGAACUGGUUAAAAAGGCACAUAUGUCUAAUAGCCUCUGUUUUUAUAUUGUUAUAUAUCACCUUCCCUUUGAUGUGGCUAUAAAAUGGCAUAUACCUUUACACUACUUUCCAUUGAGUAUGUUACAGGGUAGCCAUUAGGAGUUCAACCCAGUUAUUUACUACUAUUUGUUAGGCAUGAAAAUAAGUCUACAGGUCAGGGGGGAAAAAAAUUUGAAGAUGACAACCCUCUAGAAACAAACUGGCUAGGGUUACAGUAAUUGAAUGCUGCAUAUGCCAUUCUACUCCAACUCAACCUAAUAAUUAUAAGGUACUUUAUUUCAAAGUACUGUUUCCCAAGAAAGUACUACUUUACCUAGAGAUGAACUCAAGAAGGUUUUUGUUCAUCUCCUUUGAAAUACGGUGUGACAGAAGGGUGCUCAUUCUAGACCUCUGAGAAUGCCACUGAGUAGUAUCAGCACAGUGGCUAAUUACAUCUUCAGCAGUGCUAUAAAAAGUUGAAGACCUCCCUUAAAAUUGAAGCUGAAAUUGUUUCAGCCUUAAGAGGAUGCUAGCAACAUUUCCAUGAGCCAAUGUGGCUGGGUUACAGUUCAAGUGGCCUGGCUGGCCAGUGCACAGCGGCACACAUUAGCCUUAAGGACAGUAGUGGCCUAUGGUGGCAUAAGUGUGAUUUUGAAAUCCCAAAUUUACCUCUAGGAAAAUUUCCUUGUAGUCCCUUUGAAUUAGUAAAAGUUAAUUCUACAGGGAGGUGGCAGAACUAAGAACUAUAUUGCUAGUUUCAGGACAUAGGUUCUUGUUGCAGCUCCAUGGCUGAGCUCAUAUGCAAAUCAAAUACAGUGUCAACAACACAGGGCUGUUUUAAAGCUUAAAUGGGAAUGUAAAGAAGGGUUGAUGUAAAAAUAUGCUGCAAUGUCAACAUGUAUGCUAUUUCAAUCCAAGGUCAAAAAAUAGGAAGUUACUGCUUAGACCAAAAUAGCUGUCAUUCUCCAAGGGUUUCCCAAAGACUGCACUGCUUAGAUUUAGCUUACUCUUACAUAAACUAAUUCAUGAUAGCCACUUUAACAGUUUAUAGUCCAACAGAUAACUAGAUAAAAGCCCAUAGUAGCUUGAAAUGUGUGUACUUGAAAAGGGGGUAGGAAUGGGAUUUUUUUUUUUUUCCAAGACUGCGUUUAUUGGCAUAUUCAUAAAAGCAAACAAUGGAGCAUGCUGAAACAUCUUGCUUAGGUACUCUCCGCUCCAGUCUUGACUGUCAUGGGGGAAAGAACACUAAAAUUUUCAAAACUAAGUAUGUAAAUAUGCUUACAUCUUAGAACAAGAUGACAGUUUGAACAACUUGCUGUAUAAAACUGAAGUGUAUGGUGUCACACUAACAUUUGUAUCUUUUAUCUACUUUAGAAGAUAUCCUGUUUCUGAAUUAUUUCCCCCUUUAUACCAUAUUGUAAAGCAAAAAAAACCUUUUGAAGCAUU